AUGAAGGCUGUGGUAGGAGGCACAGCACCAUGCCUCUUGCCAGAGAAGCCUUCCGAUGCCCUCCCCCUGGAGUCAACUGAGAACACUCUGCUUGAAAUACCAGCUUCAAGUCCCAACAAUUCACACCACGUGGAAGGGAGACAUGAGACGUUUCUUCCCUCCUGGGGUCAGUGUGAGUGUGGGGGAAAUGGGAAUAAGAAAGAUCAGGGAGCUGGAUCUGCCACUUCGAAGGACUGUCUGGGUUCUGCCAGCCCAGAGAGGCCUCCAGGCAUCCUCGGAGCUCCUUCUAAAACCACCAAGAAGAGAGGUUUGGAAGGAGUGAGAAAGCAGACUCAAGUGGAGUUGAGUGACACCAGCAGUGAUGAUGAAGAUAGGUUAGUUAUAGAAGAAAUAUGA